GAAGAACUGAGAGCUGCAUUGUACACUUAGAGACUGAAAGAUCUUUUAAACGAUGGGAUGCAAUAUUUUACUUAUUAAGUGUUAAGAAAUGUCGUAUCGUUUUGUUUUACCUUAUGCUCGUAACUUAAGUGUCUGUUCUUAAGAGAAAAUGCUCACAGCCUUGCAUCCCAUAGAGCAUUUCGGUCAGUAGAUGACCACAGUGACUUACAACAUCCCUGAGAGGAUUUCAUAACUUCCUGAAGUUACAAUUUACACUGUUUGCAAAGCAAACGUUUCACAGCACUGUGACUUGAGUCAAGGCUGCUCAAGGUUGUUUUUGCCAUCCAGAGGCUUGGAGGACACUGAUCCAUCUGUUUCAUCAUGCGCCUCUCCUCUUUUCUGGCUGUUUUCCGCCCUGCCCUGCCUCUCAUCCUGGGCCUUUCUUUGGGCUGUAGCCUCAGUCUGCUCAUGGUGUCAUGGACACAGGGAGACACUGAGGAGGGCUGCAGUAAUGAACUGGUGAACGGUGGUCUUCUUCAGGGCAGUCAUGUUGGGGAGCACCAGGGAGCCAAUGGAGGGGAUGGGAAUGAAGACUUCCAGCCACGUAUUGUACCCUAUCACAAAGAUCCCAGCAAGCCACAUAAGAAAGUUCUCAGGACGCGUUAUAUCCACACAGAGCUUGGCAUUCGAGAGCGUCUUUUGGUGGGCAUCCUGAGUUCGCGCACCACCCUGAACACAAUGGGUGUAGCAGUCAACCGCACAGUGGCUCACCGCUUCCACCGAACCUUCUUCUUCACCGGCCUCCGAAGCACUAAGAUACCUCAUGGUAUGACUGUUGUCGCUCACGGUGACGACCGACCCGUGUGGCUGAUGUAUGAGACGAUACGUCACCUACAUCAGCACCAUGGCAAUGAAUACGACUGGUUCUACCUGGCGCAAGACGACACGUACACGCAGGCGGAGCGGGUGAUGGAUCUCGUGGGGCAUUUGAGUGCAGGGCAGGAUCUUUAUAUGGGGCGUGCAGAGGAGUUUAUUGGUGGCGAGGAGCGUGCUCGUUACUGUCACGGUGGAUACGGCUAUCUGCUGUCACGCAGCCUUCUGGCGCGACUGCAGCCCCACCUGGACUCCUGCCGCAACGACAUCCUAAGCGUAAGGCCCGAUGAGUGGCUUGGCCGCUGCAUCAUUGACUACCUGGGUUUGAGCUGUGUGGAGAAGCAUCAGGAAAUGACAUACCGUUACUUUGAGCUACAGAAGAACGCAGACCCUGAGCGUGAAGACAGCUCCCAAUUCAAGAACGCUUUCACUGUGCACCCUGUCUCAGAGCCAACGCUCAUGUACCGCCUGCACAAACGCUACAGCCAGAUUGAACUGGACUGGACUUAUGCUCAAAUACAGCAGCUGCAGGUUCAAAUCAGUAACCUGAGUGAGCUCACUCCAGAGGGCAAAGCUGGUGCCACGUGGCCCAUUGGAGUCAACCCACCUUUCCGACCCAAGACGCGCUUUGAAGUGAUUAACUGGGAGUACUUCACCGAAGACCACAUCUAUUCAUGCGCAGACAGCUCACCAAAGUGUGAACUCCGUGGAGCUGACCGCGCGGACGUUAACUCCAUUCUGGAGACGGCUGUGGAGCGCUUGAACGAGCGUUAUCAACCGCAGCUACGCUUCCGCAAGCAACGGCUUCUGAAUGGCUACCGCCGCUUUGACCCUACGCGAGGCAUGGAGUACAUGUUGGACUUGGCCCUGGAGGCCUUUACACAGAAGGGUCACAGUCAGGUCAUUGCCAAGCGAGUUGGCCUACUGAGGCCUCUCAGUGCCAUCGAGAUCAUUCCGAUGCCAUACGUGACUGAAGCAACAAGGGUGCAGGUCAUCCUUCCAGUAACGGCACGUGAUCAGGACUUUGUAGGCAACUUUUUGGACACAUAUGUCAUGAAUGCUUUGGACACUCGUGACAAUGCUCUGCUUACCUUCUUGUUUGUAUACGAUCCCUUCGAUGCACAGAGGGUCAGCCAAACGGACGUCUUUGCUGGAGUCAAGGCCAUGAUUGGCGAGGUGGAGAAGCGCUACAGUGACGUGAAGAUCCCGUGGAUUAGCGUCAAAACAGAGGUACCCUCACAGGUCAAGCUUAUGGACAUCAUCUCCAAGAAGCAUCCAGUGGACACCUUGUUCUUUUUGGCCAGCGUUUGGACUGAGGUGAAUGCUGACUUUCUGAACCGCUGCCGAAUGAACGCCAUCAGCAACUGGCAGGUCUUCUUCCCCAUCCACUUCCAAGAAUACAGCCCUGCUCUUGUUUACCGCGACCAGCAGCCUUCUGCUGCCUCGUCUUUUUCUUCAGAGGCUCUGCGCGAUGGCCGUUUUGACCGCCACGUCUUCGAGGAGGCCUGUUUCUACAAUGCAGACUACAUGGCUGCCCGCACCAGAAUGGCGGCUGACAUCUUGGACAACGACGAGAUGCUGGAGAGCAUGGAUGUGUAUGAGAUUUUUGUGCGUUAUUCGGGCCUGCAUGUGUUCCGGGCGGUGGAGCCAGCUCUGGUGCAGAAAUACGUUCGUCGAGUUUGUAACCCUCGGUUCAGUGAAGACAUCUACCAUCGAUGUGUGCUGAGCAAUCUAGAGGGGCUGGCCUCUCGAUCUCAUCUGGCUAUGGCACUGUUUGAGCAAGAGCAGGCCAACAGUACCUAGGAACCAACACUGGUUACUGUGACUGUAAAUCACACUCAGUGAAUCUCAUUCUACCAACAAACGGGCCUUACUGGACCUUAAGCAGCAACUAAAACUGUAACUAUCUGACCUGGACCCACUGAAUGACUCAGAUUUUAUGAGGUUGUCUUAUUGACUCAGUCAAGGUUUUCUUGCUCAUUGAAUGGGACUUGUUAAACCACAAGAACUUAUUCAGUGGGUUUAGCCUGUUGGUUGUUACAUAAAGUGAACUUGACUGGAUGGCGCUUGAUCUUUUAACUCGAUGCAUAGAGUCUUAGACUCUGUUUACACCUGUUUGAUGUGUCUUUUUAUCUGGAUUGUUACCUGAUAAGAGUUUAACCACAUGCAUUUACACUUAUUAAAUUAGUAGUGGGCAGUAUAGCAGUUUUCUGGUAUACUGGUAUAUAUGAGUUUCUUCAUAAUCGUUACACCUGUGUGCCACACGUAGAUAAUGUGACGCACAAAAAGAGUAGCUGACUGGCUGAGCGAGGAAUGGUUGUCACGUUUCAAGUAAAAAUAAAUAUGUAGCAGUCCUUCGAUCUAGUCCCUCCCCUGACUAGUCUGUUGCAUCUCACGUGGUCUACUUUGUGUCUGAGGCAGCGAACAUAAAGGAAUGGCUGGUCAUUUGGGGUUAGCCUAACAUGGACACCAAAGCAAUUGUCGUGAUUCUAUUUCCACUGCUACUGCCUGAGAAUCCACCUGACUUGGCCAGAUAAUGCUGCGGUGGGGGCCUUGUGCGUGAAACAAGCUGUGGAUCAGCUGGUACUGAAACAUAAAUGACUAUAAUGUUUUCCAAAUUCCAAAUGCCAAACAGUCAGAGACACAAGUCUGUGGGACACAAGUAUGAGACAAUUGACUUGUGCUGAAGUUAGCUUUUUAUUUGAAUAUCCUAUUUCACCUUAAAUGGUUUAGCAGUUACAUUCAGGUGCUUGAACAUAACUGCUGCACCAUUUAAGGUGGCACUUUAGAGGUUAGAGUUACAAAGCAAUACUGACAUAGGUUUAUCUAUGUUUUGUUCAGUUUUGUUAUUACUGUUUUGCAUAGCAAAAUUAUUUAUUGUUUAAUUUGGUUGUUAAAAAUGUUUCUUACGAAAAAGUGAAGGAACAUCCCAGCAUAAUAAGCUCCUGUUAGCCUGCAACAAUAGGCUUACCUUAGCCAUCUAAAAUGUUAUAUGUCUAUGUCUAUAUAUAUAUAUACAGUGAUAUAUACUGAAAACACCAGAAAUUUUAAUUAUACUGUGGAUUUUUUUACUGCCCACUACUAAGUCAAAUGUUUCUCUGGUUAGACUGAAAUCUGAUUUCCAUGUGGUGCAUAAUAUGCAAAUCAGCUCAACAACUGAUUGUCUGAGUUGUUCCUUGUUUUUCCUGUUCUAUUUGAAAGAUUGUUUCUGCUUUGAAAAUCAUAAUUUUGCAUGACGUUAUUAAUUUCCUUACUCUCACGUUCAUAGGCUUUUUUGAAUAAUUAGUCUCCUAGGUCAUGCAUUAAAACAUAAUGUAGCAAGACAGUAAAUAACAUUAUGGGGAAGUAAAGAUUAACCAAACUGCCACUCUAUUUUAUUUAACUCCCUUGACUUAAACUCAGUGGAGCUGUAAUGAAAGCGCCAUGUCUCUGUUUAGACAUGGCAGUAUGGUGGGGGUUUUUGCCCCUUAUGCAGAGCGGCCGAGGGAGUAUUGAGAGGAGUUUUGGCAUUUUUACGUGGGUAAUCUCUAUCUGAAUGUAAUCCUGAUACUCAAGAUACAUUAAAUGAAAAGGUGUAAACAGGGUCAUAGUGACUCACUCUCAUUGAAAUGAAACGUAGUGAACUCAACUCUGUGUACAUGACUACUCCACCUGGUUAUAGUAAACUGGGUGGUUCAAUUCUCGGUUAACUGAAUUAAAUUCUUAACGGUCAUCAGUUUCCUAGGAAGAAAAAAAGGAAUUCAUUUGACUUACUGGUCAAACUUGAGUUUUGGUGUCCCUAAUUGUAGGUCUAUCUACUAUUAGCAUUAUAAAUAUAACCUAAGUGCUAUGCAAGUACAUUGUAAUGCUGUAUUUGAUUACAUGCUGUCGGGGUAUGUAGUCAUGUACUGUACUAGCGUAAUACUUAACAUUUAAUGCUUUAUCACUGUAAUGUUGGGUGUCAUUUUACAGAGAUUGGUUGCAACUCAACUAAAUUGUUGAAAACAUUGACCUAAGUAGAAGCAAAAGCAGCUUUUACUAACAACCCAAGUUACAAUGCAUAAAAAUUCAAAAUUAAAAUUGUAUUAAACGCAAACAUUGAACUUGAACAGUAACUAGAUGUGAGAAAUAGUACAUUACUGAGUAAAAAGUAUUUCCUUUUAAGAAAUAUAUAAACGUUUUGCAGGUAGAAAAUAUUUAAAAUGGUACAAAUUCUUACGAAUGGUACUUGAGCACACGGCCCUCAGUGUGCAGUUUGCCCACAUCUACUGAAUACAUCAUUUCAAUAAAUCUUUAGAGACACCGACUUAUUAUAUGUGAACAAAUUGUAGUGAACUCUGAUCUUAAAAAGACGUUUCAGCAUUUUGGCAAAUAAAUACAGUAUUGUGCAAAAGUCUUAGGCACCUCAGCACAUUGUUUAAAACCGUCUAUCUUGGCAAUAAGUGUGUUUUUUAAAUAAGUGUGCUUGUAAAAUCACCAUAUGUCAUUAGAACAAAUAGAAAUAAACUUAAAUUUAGUAAAAAGUAACAAGCAUUUCUAAUUUUGAAGGAAGGAGUUGAUGUCUUGUGAGCUAGUUUGAAGAACAUAGUUUGGUUCCAGAUUUCUCUAUGAGGUCCAAAGUCAUCACAUAGAUGUACUAAAUUCCUUCAGCAGCACAGUUAGUGAAAUAUUGAUUAAGUGAACCAGGUAUUGGAUGAGAACUGUAGUUAAUACUUGGCGUCUACAAGGCUGAUCAAUUAAAGCAGCUUUUUAAAUCAAAUUCUCUCAUGUGCCUAAAACGUUUGCGCAGUACAGUUUGUAUAUUUUUCUCUGCUAAAUUAAUUUUCCGAGCCAGGAUUUUCUGAGCACUAUCCAUAUGGUUGCCAGGAGUCAGAAUCAAUCUGACUGCUUGUAAUACUAACAAUAAUGAUGAUGAUAAUAAUAAUUAAUUUUACAUAUAAUGCUGAGACUACUUUCCUUAGGUGCAUUCUUUCCUACAGCUUUCUUGUCAUUUGAGAAGCAAAGCCUUAAACCCUUGUCAUUAGGGGAAUGAACAGUUGGCGCAGUUGGGUUGAAAAUACUUCACAGGGAAUCAAAAAUGAAGAUUUUGUAACCAAGAUGGGGUCAUUGAGUUCCUCCACAACUGCUCUAGGCCCAGUUUCCCAAAAGAAUCUUAGUGUUAAGAUCAUCUUAACUGGAAGAGAAAGAGUGCUCAGUGUGAUGUUCACUCUACCAUUUAAGAAUUAUUUUUGUGCUAAGAUAUUUCUGGGAAACCUAGGCCUGUUUAAUUAGAUUUUACAGUGAAAAAAGGGAACUACAUCUGGCUCCUGUUGUAAGAAGUGCCUUGCUUAAGAUUUUUAACGGCUCAGUGUGACUCUUCAGACUCACUCACAGAGCCCUGACAGGUUAAAACCAGCAGUUUGUAGUCAGUAGCCUUAACCACUCGUCCCUGCCCUGCUAAUUAUAUACACUCUGACUGUGAUCAUAAUAAAGGUGCUGUUUAAUAACGUAUAACGUUAACUACAGUGAGAUGUUCCAUUAAAUUUGCCAAGCUGAGAGGUCCUCCCUCUCUGUUACCUUAGACUGUACAGUGAGGGGAAAAAUGAAUUCAUACUUAUGACUAACCAGAAGAUGGAUUAUUUGCCAAAAUGUUGAACUGUCCUUUUAAGCUCCUGCUUCAACCGCACCUUGAGCCUUUUGCCUUUCUUUACGUACAUGAUUGUAUGAGAUUUGAAUGAAAUGUGUUGAACCUGUUGAUGUCAAAUAAAAACCUGAAUAUUUGUGAAAA